AUGAAAGUUAUCGAGAAAGGAGCGGAUCGCACGGCUCACGCCAACAUUUACGUGGAAGGCCGAGUGCAGCCGCUUGAAGAGUACGGCGAGUACGUCGACGCUCGAGAUAAAGCCAUUUGCUGCUACGUCGCUGUGGAAGAGGGUCACAAGAUCAGAGUCGAUGGUCGCUUCUCAGGUGUGACUCUGACCGUUGCCUACGACUUCAUGGUCGAUGGUGUGUGCCGCAAAGCGAACUCUUAUGCCGGAAAGUCUGUACAAGUGCAGAAGAACAAAAAGCUCGACUUCGAAAAAUUGCUGUACCAGACACCAGACGGUGUCAUCGACAGUGACAUUUCCGUCUCUUCUCGUUCUGGGCCUGCAAUCCUCAACAAGAACGCACCGGAGACAAUUGGUACGAUCGAAUUACGCGUCUACAUCACGCGCCAAUUCGGUAUGGAGCAUGAGAUCGACGAUGCAUGCAAGUACGAUAGGAUCGAAGACGACGCCGACACCGGUACUCGAGUUGCAAGUUACAAGGAUGUACCACCUCAGUUUCACAUGACUUUCGAGAAGAACUACUCGACACUGGACGGCGCCAGGGGUAACCGCGAGAGGCGAAAAGUCUACGCAAAGCGUCCAGGCAACGAGCCCUGGGCAAUCUUCCGCUUUCACUACCGUACCAAAGGCAUGUUCCAACUUCCAAAUCGUGAAGUAGCGCUGACCGUGGUUCCAGAGUCAAUUCUAGACAAGAAGAUGGAGCUGACAUUCGAUCCCGCUGAUAAGGCUUUCACUAAGAAAGAGCCUCAUGCCCUUGAGCUUGAGCCAGUCCCCACGUUGCUGUUGGGCUCUAAGCCCGCAGGCAAGAAUGACGGCGAGAAUUCAGUGCGCACAUCAUCACCUGCGCCUCCUGAUACACCAGCAACGCCCACCAAGAGCUCGAAGAAAGCCCAAUCUGCUCAGUCGAAGGUCGUCGUCAAGAAGCAACAAACCAAGUCGACUUCCACUACCUUAGGCCCAGCUUCCGAAAUGGCAUCCACAAUCAACACGGAACCCUUCGCUGUCACUGAACCUUUGGCUGACAUGGCUCCUGACGCGUCAUCCUCCGGUGAUCUUAAGUCGACGCCCACACAGGCCACAGACGACCCUUCCGCCACGGCGCCUUCCGAGAUGGCAUCGACGGAUGAGAUUAUGAACAGCACUUCUGCUGCUACGAAAGAUGGCGAUGGUGAUCUGGCUGCUGUGGCUUGGAAGAAUUCGACCAAGAAGGGAGCCAAGAAGACUUCUACAUCUACCCACAGAGACGCGAAUGAUGAGAGCACAGAGUCUGUGAAGAAGGUUGUCGAGAAGGCCGACGACAAGAAGAAGUCUGAGACGGCAGGUGCGAUCCCGCCAAUUCUACCCGUGGAGUUAUCCAGCGUGCCCACGGUACCGCACCCUGCAGAUCUGCCCAGCGUCUUCGACACCACCACCACCCUGAGCCCUGCUGCUACACAGGCGAUUAUCAUACCCAGCACCAAGGACUUUGUCAAGAACGGCGCGAAAUCCUUCACUUCGCCUCUCAAGAGAGCCACCACGAAGCCUUCUGCGGUCGAUACGACUACCUCUACGGUGUUGCAAAAACCAGUUGUUCCCCCUACGCCUGCUACACUCCUCAAGCGCACCCCAGAGGGUACACUCACUCCACCUCCGGACAUCAAACGCAUCAAGUCUGACGUUGUUCCUCCGCUCACGCCUACUCACCUUGCUCGCCCAUCGCCUGCUUCCCCAAGCCUACGCCCUCAGUCCAUCGAAGCUCAAGUCGCUGAGCAGCGCAAGCGUCUCGAAGCCACGCGCAAGAAGCGUGCUGAUAUAGCCAAGGAGAAGGCUGCGAUGGACGAACGAUUGGCGCCUUAUAAGCAACAUAUGGUUGAGGAGCUGCAGCGGCUGAAGCAGGAGAUGGCUGAGGAAGAGUCCAUGAUGGCUGAAGAAGAGCAAGAGUACAAGGCUAGUGAGGCUAUGCUGGCGGAGUUCGAGCGUGGCAAUGGUGAUGUCUAG